AUGGUGAUCGCUCAUGAUGCGAUGCCUGAACCAGAUGGAGGGUCUCUAAUCCCUGCGCAUCUGUCUUACCUGGCUAUAUACAACCCUACAUUGGGUACUACGGACGAGACAUUGGAGGAACAGAUUGUGUUCUACACUUCGGGAUCUAGUGACCAGCGACCCUCAUACUUACGCGAUGUGAACGUUGAAAGGCACGAUAGUCACUUACUUGAGAAUGAUAAAAAUGAUAUGCUGCGCCAGGUAGGCCUGGCACAGGGGAUGGUGAGCUUUGCCAAUAACUUCUCCUCGGGCAAACCUCUAGAAUGCAUCGAAACCGACAAAACACGCACCAUAAUUCUGGAGCUGGAGAAAGACUGGUGGAUCGUUGCUUCAAUACGUCUCACUCGGCUGCCUCUCAGGUCAUCCCAACCCUCCCCUAGCUCCGAUAGCGAGGCUUCUUCGUUUCGGUAUUCGGCUAAAGAACUGGGACCUGCACAGUUCCUCAUUCAGCAACUUCGCCGGGCGCAUUCCAUUUUUCUAUUACUACAUGAUUUCUCUAUGGCGGAGCUUUACGAGCGGGUUGAAAAGCCGACUUUCAAGCUAUUCUUGGAACGGUUCUGGGAGAAGUUCACAUGGAAUUGGGAGCUGCUUCUUGCUGGAAACCCAAUUGUUGACAUGUAUAAUGGUAUCAAACUUGCUGCCGGGGGCGAGCUAGGCAUGGGAGUCGGAGAAGAGAGAAAGAAUGGGGCAGUGGAGAAAGAGAAAUUUGGUGAUGCGCCUGGCCAGAUCGAUGAUUCGCGGCCAGUCCCUUCUAAUUCCAAAGACGCCUGGCUUGGUUCGGGCAACACCCCCCGACCCCCCGACGGAGUUAUCUUCUCGGGUAUCGGUGCUAUAGACCGAGGCUCGCUUGCCCGCAUCUCUCACUGGAUGGAAUGGAUCUACCGUGAUGGCGACACUGCAUUUGGAGUGCGGCGGGAUCCGGCAUCACCGCGCCGCAGACAUCCGAGGAGAAGCAAAGCACGAACCUCCCAUCAGCGCGUAACGUCGGAAAGAACAGAAUCACCUGGCAUUCCGCGUCCCCUCAUCAUGGCUGCACCGCAGCCUAUUCCGGAGUCACAAAAGGAAAAUAACCCAAAUGGAGCUGGGACCGCCCCAAUCGACAACGAUCAGAAGGAUUCAGAACAGACAUCUGCAACAGAUACCGUCAUGAAAUAUCUCACAUUGGGAUACGGAUCGGCAUGGAGCUUCUCUAACAGGUCGAACCCUGUACCCUCGGCCAAAUCUCCGUCUGAGAUAUCUUCGUCAGCCCCCAAUCAAAAUGCCCUUUCCAAGACCGGAGAAAAUGAGCCACAAGGCAAUGUCCAUCCUCCGCAGGCCUCAGAGACUCAAUCCGAGCAGAUUCAUAAUCAAAUAAAGCCGACGACUUGGGGCCGUUUUCUGUUAGGGCCUCGCGAUGAUCUGGACUGUCUGGAUGAUUUGGACGAGGGCAGCCCUGAGCCUGUGACGGACUUGAAAGGGUCUGGCAGUCGAAUCGUCCAUCGAUCUGUGCAUAUCCGCUUGGCAGAUUCGCUCGGGGGAGUUUUGAAGAAGCUUCAAGCGGUGAUAUACGUGCACCAACCAUUUGUGUUCACCUUUCUCUUCGAUCCGGACACUCCCGGGUUGAAAUCGUCGUCACUGUACUCCAGCAUUCACCACCAACUGGGCCCUCUUCAGAAAUCUCUCAAUUUGUCGACGUCUCCUGCGAAGGUCGCCUCGCGUCUCGCUGGGUCCGAGACUGGUGCCCAUACAACCAAUGACUCCUCAACAUAUGAUAACCCCAUCUAUGAUUUCAUUUACGACUCGUCCAAUCUCACCAUUAGAUCCUCAGUUCCCAAUAUUCCUGUUCCUGGGGAUCCAGCCAACCCUCAAGACACCCCUUCAGCAUCAGGAUCCCUAUCCCCAUCUCCGUCAGCGUCACCCUUCGGAGCAUUGACAUCACCAUCACUGUCCCGUCUAGAAAGUCUGUCGAUCCAUGAACGUCUCCUUUCCACGUACAUUGAGACACGCUCCAGGUCUCAGGAAUUAGAACGCACAUACAAAGUCAACCGCGGGUGGUGGAUUGUCUGGAUGCGUAUUCCCCACAAGAAGAAUGCGUCUGACCAGCUUUCCGCACUUUCAACCACGUCUUCAUCCAUUGCACUCUCAAAGGUGGCUGAGGACUGUCGUCCUCCAGGCUCUAGACUGACAGAUCAAAGAGACAUCUCGGAGCCUCACGAGGCAUUUGUCAUUCGCAAAGCCAGCGAUUACAACUUAUCUCCCGCCCAUGCUCGAAUGAGCAGUGGGGCCAGAUUUUUCCGAGACCUGGGGGGGGUCUCAUCGUCCAAGUUGACAGCGUCGAGGGAAGAGAGUAUGCCAUCAAAGUUGGCGGAGGGUCUGGGCAUGGACGCUCGCCGCUACGUUGAGGGGCUCAUGUCUUUGAAUCGGUAA